AUGUCGUUUCACCCUCUCUCUCUGUUCUUUCUGUCUGUCGUUCACUCUCUCUCUCUGUUCUUUCUUUUUGUCACUCUCUCUCUCUCUGUUCUUUCUUCCUCUCUCGCUCACUGUUCUUUCUUUCUGUCGCUCUUUCUCUGUUCUUUCUUUCUGUUGCUCUCUCUGUCCUUUCUUUUCUCGCUCUUUUUCUCUCUCUCUCUCUCUCUGUUCUUACGUUCGCUCUCUCGCUCACUGUUUGUUCUUUCUCUCGCUCUGUUUCUGUUCUUUCUUUCUCUCUCACGCUCUUCUUUUUCUCACUCUCUCUCUCACUCUCUCUCGCUUUCUAUCCGUGAUUUCUCUUCCUCUUUCUCUCUCUCUCUCUCUCUCGCAUGCGCGCUCUCUGUACUUUCUUUCUCUCGUUCUCACUCUCUGCCUAUUCUUUAUUUCUCUCUCUCUCUCUCUCUGUUCUUUCUUCCUCUCUAUUUCCUUUCUUUCUUUCUUUCUUUCUUUCUUUGUUAUUUCUUUCUCUCGGUUUUUUCUUUCUUGCUCUCUCUCCCAUUUCUUUCUCUCGCUCUCUCUCUGUCUUCUUUCUUUCGCUCUUUCUCUGUUCUUUCUUUCUCACUCUCUCUCUCUCUCGCUCUCUCUUUCUCUCGCUCUCUCUCUGUCUUCUUUCUUUCGCUCUUUCUCUGUUCUUUCUUUCUCACUCUCUCUCUCUCGCGCUCUCUCUUUCUCUCUCUCUCUCUCUCUCUGUCUUCUUUCUUUCGCUCUUUCUCUGUUCUUUCUUUCUCACUCUCUCUCUCACGCUCUCUCUUUCUCUCGCUCUCUCUCUCUGUCUUCUUUCUUUCGCUCUUUCUCUGUUCUUUCUUUCUCACUCUAUCUCUCGCGCUCUCUCUUUCUCUCGCUCUCCCUCUUUUCUUUCUUUCUCUCUCUCUCCCUCUCUCUCUCUCUCUGUUCUUUCUUUCUGUCGUUCUCUUUCUGUUCUAUCUUUCUCCCUUUUUCUCUCUGAUCUUUCUGUCUUUCACUCUCUCUUACUCUGUUUUUUUCUCUUUCUCUGUUCUUUCUUUCUCUCGCUCUCUCUCUAUUCUUUCUUUCUCUCGUUCUCCUUUCUUUCACUCUCUCUCGCUUGGGUCUCUCUCCCUCUCUCUGACUUCGUCAAUCUCACACGCUCUGUCUCUCUCGCUCGCUUUUUUCUCUUUCUCGCUUUUCUUUCUCUCUUGCUGUUAUUUCUCUCUCUCGCUCUUCUUUCUUUCUCUCUCCCUCGCGCGCACUCACUCUUCUUUCUCUCUCUCUCACACUCUCUCGCUCUUCUUUCUCUCGCUCUCUCUUUCUCGCUCUUUCUCGCUUUUAUUUCGUUCUCUCUAUCGCUGCUUUUCUCUCUCUUUCUCUCUCUCUCUCGCUGUUCUUUCACUCUCUAUCUCUCUCGCUCGAACUCUCUCGCCCGCACUCUCUCGCUGUUCUUUCUUUCUCUCUCUCACACUCUCUCUCUCGCACACUCCUUCUCUCGCACUCUCGCUCUCUCGCACACUCUUGUGGCUCUUUCUGUCUUUCGUUCGCUGUUCUUUCUCUCUGUCGCUCGCAUUCUCUUUCUCUCACUCUCUCUCUUUUUCUUUCUGUAAUCUCCCUGCUAUUUCCCACUCUCUCUGUUUUCUUUCUCUCUCUCUCUAUCUCCCUCUCUCUGUUUUUACUCUGGGUGUCUUCCUCCUCCUCCUCCUCCUCCUCCUUCUCCUAUUCAUUCAUUCUAUCCGUCUAUCCAUCUACCCCGCUGUCUAUCUACCCAUCUGUCUGUUUAUAUAUCUGUUUGUCUGUCUAUCUAUCUAUCUAUCUAUCUAUCUAUCUAUCUAUCUAUCUAUCCGCGUCGUUCCGUCUGAUACUGUCCUUAGUAAGUCGUUCCAAUCGAUUAUCCACUUAGUGCGUCGUUCCGUCCGAUACUCCCCUUGGUGCAUCGUUCCGCCUGAUACUCCCCUUGGUGCAUCGUUCCGCCUUAUACUCCCCUUGGUGCGUCGUUCCGUCCGAUACUCCCUUUGGUGCAUCGUUUCGUCCGAUACUCCCCUUGGCGCGUCGUUCCGUCCGAUACUCCCUUUGGUGCAUCGUUCCGUCCGAUACUCCCUUUGA